AUGAAGUCCCGCCUGGCUUCGCCCCUAUUUUUGUACCUCCUUCAAGUCGUCGUCCGGUGCGCCGUCGGUGAAUCGACUGGCGCCCCGACCACCUCGGAGUCGAUGGACGCGACGACGGCGAUGCUCGUGGGGAUCGGAAUUGGCGGGGUGGCCGUGCUCGUACUCGUGCUCAUCUUUGUCGUCGCAUUCUGCAUCUGGAUCCGGAAGAAGCGGAAGGCCCGUCUAGCUGGCCGUGCCGACUCGAACAGCAACUCGAAGGGCAUCUCCCCGGGCGUCGAGGCGAAGAAGUUCGGCCCCGGCGAGCAGAAACUCGACGCCGUUGAGGCCGAGCCGACCGUCGACAUG